AUGGACGACUCGGAUGUGAUAGUCACUUUCCAGACCUUCGUCGGUGUCUUCAGUGAUUUCCUGAUAGUCGCUAUACACACCAUUCUCUACGAACGCGACAUCUAUCCACGCGACUCUUUUCUAUCGGCAAAGAAGUACAACUACAGCGUGCGCCAGUCGCGGCACCCAAAAGUAUGCCAAUGGAUCACCGAUGCUGUCGCUGCUGUACAGAUUGAGCUGCUGAAGGGUACCGUUGAUCGUGUAGCUCUUGUCAUGUAUUCUGCCCAGGACACGCCUCUUGAACGUUUCGUCUUUGAUCUCAGCCGCUUCCCCUUCGUCCCAAAGGAAUACCACUUUACGCCAAUGUCAAGGACCACUGAUGAUGGAGAAAAUGUCGCCGUGCUUCCUAGAGUCGAUCUUGAAGAGCAGAUGCGUGCCACAAUGAGCAGACUGUCGACUUGUGGCUCUCGUUUGAAGCCUCUGCCCGACAAUUGCACUUUCACCCUCGCAAUCGAGCUACGCGACAACACAAGCCCUCCCAUCGGCCACCCUCAACCAUGGAUCCCUGCUCAACCUGAUCUGCACAAUAAGAACCCGGAUGCUGCCAAGAAGGGUAGCCGGACCACUCCCUUACGUGCCGUUUCUGCUGGCGACAUGGUUUUUGAAACUUGGAUCGAAGAAGCAAAAGCAAAGCUCGACCCUGCCUGA